AUUCUUCUGUUAAAGUGUCGUCCAGCAGGUUAAUACAAAAUGUCCAAGCUUACGAUUCUCUUUGUCAUCGUCGCAGUGUGUGAGGUGCUCGGAGAUGCAGGCAAGGACUCCCAAGCCCAACCGAGUGGUAUUAGCCCAGUCAUCCUAGGAAAUGGCUUGGGACUCGGAGGACUCGGACUAGCUGGACUCGGCGCCGCCGCCCCCGGCAUCAACGGCAUCGGCCUGGGCAACAGCGCCUCCCUCAACAACGCCGCCGCCGUUGGAGCCGCCCAGCUCAGCGCCAUCCAAAACGCGCAGGCCGUCCAAGCCACGCAGAUCAACAACGCCGCCGCCGCCGCCAUCCAGGGCGCCCGCGUCACGGAGGCCGCCGCCCGCGCCGGCCAGGCCAACGCCAUCCAGAACGCCCAGGCUCUCGACGCCGCUAGCAUCGCCAACGCGCAGCGCGCUCAGGCCGCCGCUAUAGAGAACGCCCGCGCCGUGGAGGCCGCGAGACGCGCCGCCGCCGCCGCCCAGUACGAGCUCGCCCGCGCCGCCGAGGCCGAGCGCGUCGCCAACGCCGCCCGCAUUCAGGCCGCCGCCAUCGCCAACGCGCGCGCCGUAGAGGCCAACCGCAUCGCCAACGCCGCGAGAGCCCAGGCCGCCGCCGUCGCCACCAGCGCCGCCCAGGCCCAGGCCGUCGCCGACACCGUCGCCAGGAACGCGGAGGGUCUCGGUCUGGUCGGCAACGGCCUCGGUCUGCUCGGCAACGGUGCCGUCAUCCAGGCCGCCCCCGUCGCCGUCAGCGGCCUCGGCCUCGGCAACUACGGUCUCGGAGGACUCGGCUACGGCAAACACUAGGCGGCGCACUCAUCGAACCAAAAUGUCAUAGAUAGAAAAAUUCAAUUUCUACAUCCAUUUCAUCUGUUCUCAUUGAAAUGGUUCGCGGCAUGAUUAAGAAUUCGAAUGUAAAUAAACUAUCAAUAAAUAAUA